UAAAGUACGUAAGCGUGGUACCUUGCCUUCAUCAAACCGGGAGCAGUCUGUCACUGGGCGGAGAGAGGAUAACUGGACAAAAUGGCCAAACGGAGGAUCACACAGGAGACCUUUGAUGCCGCGGUCAGAGAAAACAUGGAGGAGUUUGAGAUGGAGCCUGACGAGGCUUUAAAGGACGCCUUGGAGCAGUUUGAGUCCCAAGGUGUGGACCUCAGCUGUAUUGUAAAAGCUGUUCCAGCUGUGGCGUCUGCUGACACUCAAGAGGAGCAAACACACCAAGUCUUGCUGGCUUUGGAUGCCCUCCGACUGGGGAAGGACUCUGCAGGUGAAGCUGAAUUGUCGGCGCACAUGAAGUGCUUCACUGAACAGUGCGCCCUGGGAUUUGCUCAGAGGUACCUGGCAGCCCAAAAAGACGCCUACCCGCUCAUCCUGUCAUUCUGCAGAAAAAGUGCAGAGCAGAAAGAAGCCCUGCUGGUGGCGCUGUCCGCUCUGGCCUCGCUGACCGACGGGCAGCCCGACUUACUGGACGCGGCGGGCCAGCAGUUUGUUCUGGACGUCCUGAAGAAGUACCAGGACGAUUGGUCCGUGACAUGCGUGGCCAUCCGCAUUGUGCGUAACUGCUGCUUGAAGCAUGAGCAGAACAGGCAGGACCUGGUGAAAGGCGGCGUCCUGCCUCUGCUGACCGCCGCCGUCACGCAGCACAGUGGCUGUGCAGAGCUGAUCAAAGAGGUCUCUGGAGCUCUCAGGGUCAUGACCUUUGAUGACGACGUUCGAGUUAUGUUCGGGCACGCUCACGAACACGCUAAGAUGAUUGUUCUGGAGCACAACGGACUGAAGAUUUUAAUUGAGGCAGCAAAAGCUCACAAUGACAACACUUCAGUCCUGAGUGAAAUCUGUGCCACGUUGUCCCGUCUGGCUGUGAGGAACGAGUUUUGUCAGGACAUCUGCGACCUCGGAGGACUCAAGCUCAUGAUGACGCUGCUCGCAAACAGCUAUGAGUCAGCGGAGUUGGUGCGACAGGUUCUCAGCGCCAUACGAGCCGUAGCAGGAAACGACGACGUCAAGGACGCGGUCGUUAAUGCAGGUGGAGUCCAGCUGGUCGUCAUCGCCAUGAACAGACACAUCAGCAACUCUGCUGUGUGUGAGCAGGGCUGCGCCUGCCUCUCGGUUCUCGCGUUACGGAAGCCCAACAACUGUAAAGUCAUCAUGGAGAACGGAGGCGCCUCAGCUGCUGUGCAGGCUAUGAAGACUCACACCAAUGCUGUCAAUGUACAGAAACAAGCAUGCAUGCUGUUGAGAAACCUGGUUUCACGGAUGAGUAACUACUGCCAGCCGAUCCUGGAGAUGGGAGCGGAGGCUCUGAUCGCCCAGGCGCUGCAGAACCAUCAGGACUGCGCUGACGUUGGGAAGGCGACCCUCAGAGACUUGGGAUGUCAGGUGGAUCUCCGGGAGCUGUGGACCGGGAAACACGGCAGCCUUUCCAACUGAAACCGGAACGGAGCAGAUAUUGAGUUCUGCUUAAAAGUGCUGCGAUGAUGAUAUAAAACAGAUACGGACAAAUAUUUAAACGGAUGCACCUGCGUGACCAAGGUGUUGUCACACACUCUGCCUUUUAAAGGUUUCACAGACUUUUCUUUUGACUACAAGUGUGUUCAAAAAGGACUUCCUCAAUCAUCACAUUCAACCUCAUGAAAUUUUAAACUUGGAAUUGUGUAUAAUGUGGCAUUGCUUCAUAUGAAUGUGCUCACUGCUGUGCAAUUCGCUAAACCCCACCGAGCUGUGCAGGUUUCAUUCCCAUGCAGGCAGAGCCAAACUUAGUUAUGUAUGAAUGCCUUAUACUUGUACAUUGUUUUGUUUGUGGAGUCAAUGUUGUAAUUGCACUGUUUAUUCUGCACGGUCAUAAAACUCA